AUGGUUUUCUGGCUAGCACUGGAGAAGGCGGCCAACCCCGGAUCCAAUCUGGACUUCUUGACCUAUGAUGAAGCCAGUCAUCGUCACUGUACCAACCUGUUGGUGCAUAUGGUGGACUUCAUCGGCAUCGAUGGUCGAACAAUCAUCCUACUGAGGCAAAAAUGUCUAGUAGUUAAAGACGACUUCUUUGCAGCCAUCCUGCGCAUCUUCUUCUCAUUCAGGCCAAGGUUUUUGGUCCGGGAAAAUGAAGCCAGUAGCCCGGCAGCCUUCAUCGAAAUCGAUUGUCGAACAAUCACCAUCGGCAGAAAGUCACCCAAUUUCAACCCCAGACAUCAUGGCUUACAAAAGGACCACUUUAUAUCUCCAUACCAAUGA